AUGACUUCCUGGGACGCCAAGGGCAAGUUCGCCGUCGUCACCGGCGCUGGCAGUGGCUGCUCCGUUAUCUUUGCUGACAUUGCUCUGCGUCCGGAGGCAGAGGAACUCAUCGCCAAGUAUCCCCAUCCAUCCAAAGAUGAGUCGCCAUCUGCCGUCUAUCACAAGAUGGAUCAGUCCAACUGGGCUCAGGUAUCAGAGACGUGGGAGUUUGCCCUAAAGACUUUUGGCAGGGUCGACCUUCUCUGCCCCGGAGCUGGCAUCUGGUACGAAUCAUGGGCUUGCCUCAGUAGCAUGGAGUACGUAUUGACGCAAAUCUAUAGGGAGCCUCCAACAAGCUCUUUCUGGGAUCUUCCGGGUGUCUCGCCGCUGGCCAAGGAUGACCCAAACGCUACCCCCGGAGUGUACAACAUCUUCGCCGUUAACGCCAUGGGGCCCAUUCGUUUCGCUCAGAUCGCCAUCGACUACUGGCUGCAGAACAAGAUUGCAGGCAACUUGAUCUUCGUGUCGUCCCUGAGCGCAUACCUCCCAACCAUCGGCACGCCGCUCUACAACGCCACUAAGGGCGCUCUCAACUCCUUCACUCUGAGCCUGGCCCAGAUGAAGGCCCGCCUCGGCAUCCGAGUCGCGUCCAUGUGCCCCGCGACCACGUUCACACCAGCAGUGCUCCAACCGUACUGCGUAGGAAAAGUUCGCGAGCAAGACAUGAACAUGUCGGCUACGGAGUGUGCCGAGGUAAUGCUGCGCAUCGUGACGGACGCCGCGUAUGGCGACGGGCAAGUUGUCGAGGCUAUGCAGUUUGGGAGCAAGGAGAGGUCGGAUGUGAGGGUACGUGUGGUGCCGUACCAGAGCCUGCUGCCCGACAUCGACUUUGAGGGUGACUUCAGCGGGAAAAACAUCCUGGUGGAGGAAGAGAAGCUGUGGCAAAAGUUGAAGACGGAGGGUGUGAGGUCAUGA